AUGUGUGCGUGUGAUUGGAUGCAUGCAUCCGUACGAUGUAUUUAUAUCAUGCCAUUGACAUUCAUGACUUCCUUGCAGGAUCGCUUUAUCACAGCAUACAUGCGGCCUAGCUAGCUGGGCCGAGACAUCUCACACAAACUGGGCAACGGGAGGCCCCUGCACACGCGUCUCGUCUGUCCCACGCUGCGGCCAUACGCGCAUGCCGGGGAUUCCAGGAGUCAUCGACGACAACCCCACGAGAAAGCAUUGGUUCAAAGAGUAAAUUCGGCCGAACGUGGACAGCAUCCUCACAGUUGGAAUAAAGAUGUUUUCACGGGCCUCUGUGUGGCAUUGGUAUCAAUUCACCCACGUCGAUGUUUGAACAAAAUUUCUGGAGUAAGACAGUUCUACGGUACGGAUGUACUUUGGAUGUAGUUUUCCGGAGAAGGGGUGUGUGGAGAUGUACAGGGGACGCACCAUGUACGUUAUUUCAUCAUUGAGGAAGGCGUGGAUAUAUUAUAGUUCCAUAAAGUCGACUGGUAUGCCAAAUCCAUUUUGAAGCGAAAGGAAAUACGAUCGCGCUCGUCAUCUCUAGUUCAGUUUUGCCCUGUACGUAACUGUUUACUGGGAAUAUUACAACUUUCUCUACGGCGUUGAUAACUUCACGGAGGUUCAACAAAGAUGACCAUUAUUGGCUUAUUUGACUGUGCUGCCCCGGCCCACGGUUGCCACAACAGAGCCCAAUCAUCAUAACCUAAGAAGUGCCAUGGUGGACCAAACUUUGCUUUUACGCAACGGGCAAAACAGGAUUAUUAAAAGUAGGAACCACAGUCAAACCUUCAGCCAAGCGUGAAGUAGCAUUGAAGGGCUUUUGAAACGGAAUAUAAUGGGUGUCAGUGUUCCAUUGUGGCUAUUUUUUGUGUUAAAAAUAAACUGCACGGGAAAUUAGAGGUGACUCGUUGCACGGAGGCCAAAGUUUUCAAGCAGCCAUUUUUGUUUCUGUGAAGUUAAAGUUCUGCGUUAAUUCUGAGCACUUUUCCACACGGAGACGAUCGGCUUUUGAUCAACUGGAUGCGGUAUACCGUCCUGGAUGACUCAGCACGGACUUGGAUGUCGAAUACCCACAGUUACCGUGUUAAAAUAUGCAUUGGAUGGCCGUGAGAAACUCCAUGGUGCCGGUGGAAACGUUGGCAGGUUAACACUGAGGUGCGGCCGGCCAAGGAUGUCACUGUCGUCUCGCCACGUCCUUGCGCGAAGAUACCGGAGGCGUCGAGGCGAAACGAGUUAAUAAGAUGAAGAAGAGAUCGAAAUACACGGGUAUCCCUCGCUCGACAGACGCAGAUGUGGAGAUGCAAGAUGGGGGGAGCUCCAGUCCUGCUACUAGUAGUCAGAGUGCUUACCAAAGCACCAGCAGUAUGCCGGCUACCCGCUUGGUAUCACCCACUAGUAAGGUGGUGGCUGCGUUGAGACAUGGAGACUUGGAGGCACAUAUCCGGAACUUUGGCCGACAUCUCAGACGUCCUGGAGCGGAGGACCAGUCGGCGUUGGAUCAACUCCUUGACGGGCUGGAUGACUUGAGCUCUGUGGAUAAAUUCACUUACUGUCGGAUCGUGCAACGUCUUGCAGAAACACUCCUAGAACACUGCUUGGGUUAUCUAUGCACCGAUGCGGGAAACCCGGAUGUCUGCCUUGAUCUGAAGAUGCAGAGUGUUCUGCGGAUUCUCUGGAUGUCUUGUCUGUACACGCCCUCCUUACAGAGAAUCGCCCAAGCAGGAGUAGAUCUGAUUCCUAUGAUGAACAGACUCAUCUUGUCGUGUCUCAGGACAUCUGAGAAUCUUCGAGAGAACAAAGCCAACAGUCGGCACGAACAGCAGAGAGAAAGGAAGAUAAGUCGGGAGUCGGUGUCCUCUGCUUCGGAAGACCUUGUCUUGUCUUCUUACAGCAUGAGCAGCGUGGUUGUCUCGGCUCUCGCCAUCUCUUACAACUGCCUGUACGCGUCUUGGGACCGCGACGUCAUGGUGGUCUGCUGCCAGUGUGGUUUCAUCAGGACCGUGGUGAGUCUCCUCAGCCGCACUCGGAACAUCAUCAUCGGAGAGACCUGCCUGAGAAUCUUGGAUCUGAUGGGGGAGAGCGGUGGGAACACCUGCCGGACUUUACUGCGGGAAUACCAAGUCAUGAAAGAAGCCAGCAGACUCUGGCACUACAUGGUCCGCAGGGAUCUGAUCGCCAAAUCGGGGUUCCUUGUAGCUGGCCUGAUCGCACAGCUUGGGGGGAACCUACGGCAAGGGGACGGCGCCCACCUAGAGUGGACCUUCAACCCGGGUACCAACAGCAAGCGAACUGCCGUCUUCCGUACCCCGCACCUCAAGAUGAUUCGCUGGUGUUCCUCGCCUGGAUGCGGCCGGUCUGAGGAGCUCAAGACCGGCCAGAAGUUCAGGCUGUGCUCCAGGUGCCGACUGAGUAGAUACUGCAACGAGGAUUGUCAGAGAUUCCACUGGAACCGAGGCCAUAAGGUGGAGUGCUUCCCUGUGCUAUCGAGGGAUCAUAGCUUCGUUGUGGAAGAGGAACACAGUUAACGUCAAUCAACCUAAGUCUCCUCGAGAUAGAUCAUGUGGGUUUGGACAUUGUAUUCAAAAAACAUUUCAUCUUCAAAAUGUAUUGUAAUAAAAGACAGUAUUUCACAGUCUCACCUUCCCUCAAACCUCUGAGAUAAUGUAAAGCAGAUCGUGAAUAAUAAGCUAUUUAUAUCGGGCAUUGUGUUACAAACACUUCCCUUACACAUGCUUUUACUGUUCUUCAUAAAAAAAAGUUUGACAAAUAUCAAUGAUGUCUUGCAUAACAAGGGUGUGUAUAUGAUAUUUGGGUAUUAAUCAGUUUUAUUUAAAUUGGUGUCUGCCCACGGGAAACUUAAACAGGAUUCGAACACACAUUAAAAUGGGCCAAUUUCAUAGAGCUGCUUAAGCACAAAAUUUGCUUAAGCACGAAAAAAACAUUGCUAAGU